CGGGAGAGAGUGUGUUUGGAUGCGAGUUCCCGUAGCUUUACAUGCGGAUCAACAGUUUUAAAUAGAUUUUCAACUCUGUAAUGGAAGAAAUUAUUUUAACAAAACCCAAACUCUAACCCUGUCCCUCAAAGAAAGUAACGUUUACUCUGACAGCCACAAGACGCCCGAGGCGGACGCCGCUCUGCUGGCCGUGCCGCCCUGUCUCCGACGGCCGCCCGCCUCCCGGUGACCGGCGGAGCGGCCCCUCAGGGCAGGGAAUGGCGGGCGCGCGGCGCGGCGGGUCUCCCCCCGGGGAGGAAAACAUGAGAAAAGUCAGUGAAUCUCUUAAUUUCCUCUCAAGCACCGUCCUUCCCGCCGGACCGGCAGAGGUCCCUCUCCGCGCUGAGGGGACGCACCCGGGGGCCGGGCUUUCACCGGCUCCCAGUGGCGGUGACGCAUAAGUUAAACCGUAAACAUGAAGCUUAAAGAACUGGAAAGCUGUCUUCAACAAGUCGAUUCUUUUGAAAGUCCAAAACUACUCCUUGAGCAGUACCCAACAAGACCUCACAUCGCAGGUAGAGCAUGUAUGCUUUAUACAAUUCACAAUACUUUUGACGAUAUUGAAAACAAAACAAUUGCAGAUUUAGGAUGUGGUUGUGGCAUGCUCAGCAUUGGAAGCACAAUGUUAGGAGCAGGAUUGUGUGUGGGGUUUGACAUAGAUGCAGAUGCACUGGAAAUAUUUAAUAGCAAUAUUGAAGACUUUGAGCUCACAAACAUCGACAUGGUUCAGUGCGAUGUCUGUUCUUUAUCUGACAGCAUGGCAGAGGCUUUUGAUACAGUUAUUAUGAACCCUCCAUUUGGCACCAAGCAUAAUAAAGGAAUGGAUAUGAUUUUUCUGAAAACUGCUUUACAAAUGGCAAAAACAGCUGUAUAUUCCCUUCACAAAACUUCAACACGGCAGCACAUUCAAAAGAAAGCAGAUGAAUGGGAAGUGAAGAUGGAAGUCAUAGCAGAACUUCGGUAUGACCUACCAGCAUCAUACAAGUUCCAUAAGAAGAAAUCAGUUGACAUUGAAGUGGAUUUCAUUAGAUUUUCUGCCAAGAAACUCCUGAACUGAGGCGUGUCUUUAAAACCUUUUGAAAAUGGAACAAUAAAACCAAUUAUUUUUUUUUUAUUUCAGUA